AUGUUCGACGCAUUCCGCUCGUUCUUCCUCGGCGUCUUCUGGCUACAUAUGCUGUCCUACAGUGUGCCCUUGGCGCUGCGACUACGCAAGCAGCCGUUGGCAGCGGUAGUGUUGAUGAUGGGAGCGAUUGCGGUGUUUGAGCCAUACGCUAAUGUCGGGGCUGUGGGCGCUUGGUUGAGUUCUGUUUGUCUGCUUGGGCAUGUCUUUGAGUUGUCCUCGACCCACCGCUACACUUUCCCAGCAAUCGCAGCCCUACUCUACUGCAUGCUGCUCGGUCCAGCGUUCCACCAUCUCUGGAUCUACGCCGGCUCAGGUAACGCCAACUUCUUCUACGCCAUUACGCUGGUCUGGAACUUGGCUUUACUCAUCAUAUUGACGGAUACGCUGUACGCCGUGCUGAGGGAUGAGUGGGAGGCUGAGAGGCCUGAGGGGGUAGGAAAGGAGAUCAAGCAGAUAUAG